AGUCGGGGGGCGGAGCUGGGGGUGCAGGUACGGGAGGGCUCUGUAGGGGCACAGUGCGGAGGUCUGAGCCCUCGGCGUCGCUGCGCCCCAACUUCGUCCUCGAUUGCAUCACAUUGAUGGGGUCUCCCAACUGUGGGACAAAGCCGGUCUCAUGCUGAUCGGUGUUUGGGGAACAGCGGCUGGCGCAGGAUUUUCCUUCUAAAAUAAACAAAAAACUGAAAAGCUUUGCAAGGAGAAAGUCACAAUUAUCUAGAUUUUAAGCCUUUUUUAAAAAAAAUGGGAGGAGACCUCAAGGGCUUGUUGGACCCCGAGGGGUGCGGGAGGUGCCGAUGCGGGUGCAUCCAGACGCCAAACCCCUGGGGGUUUUGGGGAUGGAUGAUUGCUUUUCAUUUUGACCGUUUAAUUGCACAAUGGUUCUUGUCACCCCCGAGGGCUCCUGAGAUGCCCGUCGCUGGUGCCAGGCCGGUCUCACGCUCUAGGACUUCUGUUUGCUGCAGGUUUCUGAAAAUACCCACGCUAAAGCGGGGCGGGACAAGCUGGAAGAUCCCCGGCCAGUUGAAACAGCGGCUUUUUUAUGCAACCUGCUGAAUUUGUUAAUAUUAGUGAGCGUCACUUUGCUUGGUUUGUUGGCUUUUAGUGGCCUCCAUCAAAAAUCUGUCUUGAUGGGCUUGUCUAAGGUGGAUGUUGGGGUUCGUAGCUGGAGGAGACCAGGCUAUGGCGAUAUAGAUUGGGUAGAGAAUACGAUGCUGUUUAUUUUAAGCCUAAUACGCAUAUGUGACAAGGGCAUCUCUUUCCAGCUUAAACCAAGGUGCAGAAACACCAGCCAAGCCUGUAUCAAUGCAUUUUUCCUUCGUGUCUCCCUUUUCAGACUAAAGGACCUCGAGGUGGCCAAGCUGGGGGACUCUGAUGUCCAUGUCAAGAUGUUGGCAUCCCCCAUCAAUCCCGCUGACAUCAAUGUGAUCCAAGGGACGUACCCCACGCUGCCCCCGCUGCCGGCCGUGGGCGGGAACGAGGGCGUCGGGGAGGUGCUGGAGGUCGGGCGACGUGUGACGGCUCUGAAACCCGGGGACAGGGUCAUCCUGGCCGUUAACAACCUCGGGACGUGGCGGACGCAGGGGGUGUUCCCUGAGGAGGCGCUGCUGCCGGUGCCCAGUGACGUCCCGGUGCUGUGCGCCGCCACGCUGAGCGUCAACCCCUGCACGGCCUUCCGCAUGCUGGCCGACUUCGAGCGCCUGGCGCCCGGGGACUCGGUCAUCCAGAACGCUGCCAACAGCGGCGUGGGCCAGGCUGUGAUCCAGAUCGCCAAAGCCUCUGGCAUCAAGACCAUCAAUGUGGUGCGGGACAGAGCUGAUCUCCCGAAGCUGGUGGAGAGGCUGGUGGCCCUGGGUGCAGACCACGUUAUCACAGAGGAGAUGCUGAGGAAGCCAGAGAUGAAAGAUAUAUUUAAGGACACCCCGAAGCCCCGGCUCGCGCUGAACUGUGUUGGAGGCAAAAGCACCACGGAGAUGCUGCGGCACCUGCAGCCCAAAGGGACCAUGGUCACCUACGGGGGGAUGGCAAAGCAGCCUGUGACGGUGCCUGUGAGAGCGUUCAUCUUCCAGGACGUGCGGCUCCGCGGCUUCUGGAUGAGCCAGUGGAGGAAGGACCAUGCUCAGGCCCGCGCCGCUGCAGGCGGUGAGAGCCCCGUCCUUCCCGCGCAGACCGGGACAGCGUGAGCAGCAUGAUGGACGCCCUGUUCCAGCUCAUCCGCAGGGGCCAGCUCAGCACGCCGGCCUGCACGCCGGUCCCGCUGCAGGACUACAGGGCGGCGCUGGAGAACUCCAUGAAACCCUUCGCGUCCUCCAAGCAGAUCCUGCUGCUCUGACCCGCGCUCCGGGGCUGCUCCGGGGCUGCUCCCCGCGGCCGAGCCGCCGCGCCCCCAGAGCAGAGGUGCUGCGGGGAAACCGGGGAAAACCCUCCAGGUGCACUGAGCUUUCUUGUUUUUAUUUUUAACUUCUGUGUGCCCACCCGAAGCUUUAAGAGCCCUGCAGCUCUGCACGGAUGCGUUGUGUGUAACGGCACCUGGAGGGGGGCUGGCUUUAGCUGGGGCGAGCUGGGGUGCAAGAGAAAUCUCAGGGAAUCCGGGCGGCAGCUCGUGCAGCUCAGGGUGUCUGCGGAGCAGCAGAUCCCUCACGUCUGUGUUUUCGGGGCUGCGCAGCCGCCGUCUGCCUGGCUUAGCAGCUGUGGGCUGUUCUGCCAUUGGCACCGUCCCUCCAGGUGAUUUUUGGUGACUUUGGGCAGCUUGGGGCUGGUCGCUCCCCCCGGCGCUGCUGCAGCUUCUGAGCCACCUCCGUGUCCCCCCUUGAAGUUCAGCCUCCAAGUGGCCGCUCCCCACGUUGAACUGCAGAGAAAAACAACUUUUAAAAUUCAUUUGUUUAGUUUUUCCCUGGGCAGCCCCACGGUGCCGGCGGGUCGAGGGCACAGAGGCUUUUCCAGCCCUCGGCAUCACCUCAUCUCAAAAACAAACUCAAAUAGCAAAAAACAAACGCCAAACCACCAAGUGCCCCCACAGCAGUGACAGCUGAAAGCACCGUCAGCCCCUGGGGGCAGCUGGGGUGGUGGCAUUCCCGGUGGGGACAGGACUGACACGGCAGGUCGCGGGGGGGACAAGGGGAGUUUUUUUGCAUUACCUGGACUUGAGUUUUGCUGCUGUUGCUGCUGCCACCACUGAUUGUGACGAGAAAUCAAUGUCUAAUAUACGUAUAUAUUUUUUAAGAUGCUGCCAAUAAACGUUUCAGUGCCCAGGCUGGCGUGGGCGCCUGUUGCUGGUGGCCGGGAAGAGCCGCGAGCACAUCUUGACCUCCCUGGGAAGUGGAAAACACCACUUUGCAAUUAAACCUCCCAGCCCCGUGGUAGCAGCUGAGUUUGCUUGGGUGCAUUAAAGCCAUUUGAUCCCUGCCGCAGGCAGGGCGGCGUUGCAGGCAGGGCGGCACUGCAGGCAGGGCGGCGUUGCAGGCAGGGCGGCGCUGCAGGCAGGGCGGCGUUGAAGGCAGGGCGGCGUUGAAGGCAGGGCGGCAUUGCAGGCAGGGCGGCAUUGCAGGCAGGGCGGCGUCGCAGGCAGGGCGGCAUUGCAGGCAGGGCGGCAUUGCAGGCAGGGCGGUGUCGCAGGCAGGGCGGCGUUGCAGGCAGGGCGGUGCUGCAGGCAGGGCGGCGCUGCAGGCAGGGUGGCGUUGUGUGUCCCAGAGUUUUCCCACCUGAUGAAUAAAGCGAGGGAAAAAAGCAAGACAAUGACUCUGAGAUCGUUAAGAGCACUAUUAAGCAUGACACAAACCAGAAAAAAUUAAAGCAAAGCUUUAUCCACCUUGUUUAUUUGAUUGGGCAAUAAAGCCUAACAAGCUUUAGGGAACUCUCUUACUUUCACAGAACGUUCCCAAGCGUUGCUCCUACACCAGAGCACGAAGGAAUAAAUAACUGGAUGUAACUCUCCUUGCCAGGUGAGCAGGAUCGUGCUUGGAAAACCAGCGGCUGGUGAUGCACGUAUCAACCGUUUGGUCACGGGGUGGGGGUGGCUGGUGAUGCUGGGAGGCUCCGAGGGUCUCUGCUGGGGGUGGGUGUGGUUGGGGGUGUCCGGGGAUGGGGACACCAUGGUGGGAACCCCUGCGCACCCCAGGCUGUGGGGAUGGGUCCCCCAUCCCUGCCUGCACUUGGGGAACGAGGAGCCCGUCAGUAUCGACAUAUGGGGGGGGGCACCCCACAAAGCCCUGCCAUAUAGGGGACCCUGUAAGUACUGUAGCACAUGGGGCACCCCCACAGCACCUGGCGUGUGGGGAGACCCCACAAGCCCCCUGACCCAUGGGUAGGAGAGCCCCCACCAUCACCGUGUCCAUGGAGAAGGGGGAUCCCCACCAUCUCCCCAACCCAGGGGAAGGGAGACCCCCAAAUCACCUGCUAUAUGGGGAGAGGGGACCCCAUGAGCUCCCUGACCCAUAGGGGAGGCAGACCCCACUCAUACCCUGGCACGUGGGGCAAGUGGGGCCCUCCACAAGUGCCCUGCAUAUGGGGAAGGGGGGACGAUGCGUUCUCUCCAUACGAGGGGGGACCCCCACGGCCCAUGGGGCCCACCAGCGCGCUGUCACCGCGCGGCUUCCCCACGGCGCCGUCGCCCCUUUAAAGAGACGCAAUUACACGGAGGGGGGCGUGGCCUUCCAUGACGUAUCCGCACUUAUCGCUGCCUCCCGCCCCGCGCGGCGCCGUGACGUGUCUGCGGCCCCGCCCCGCCCGCGCAGCCCCGCCCCCGCGGGUCCCGGUCCCGGUCCCGGUCCCGGGUCCCCGUCCCGCCCGCCGGGCGCGAUGCCGCGGGUCUACAUCGGCCGCCUCAGCUACCAGGCGCGGGAGCGGGACGUGGAGCGGUUCUUCAAGGGCUACGGCAAGAUCCUGGAGGUGGAUCUCAAGAACGGGUGAGCGCGGCCCGGCCCGGCCCCUCCUGCCGCCCGCCGGAGGAGCGCGGCCCGGCCCGAACCCGGGGCGGCGGGAGGGGCGGGCAGGCCGGCUGGGCCGGCUGGGCGUCCCGCGGGGGCGGGCGGGUCCUCCCCGGCACCUGAGUCGCUUUUGGGGACAGGGAGGGGGCGCCUGGGGCUGUGGGGAGGUGGGGGGCAGAGGACGCCUGGGUUCCCAUGGCAACGGGGGCAGGCCCCUGGGCCGCUGUGCCGGGGGGGGCAGGACACCUGUGUUCCCAUGGCAACGGCGGGGUCCCUGCUUCAGUUAUCGGGUGCUGGGGGGUCAGGUGGCCGGGUGUGUGCCCCCCGUGGGGAGCGGGUGUCCCCUGGGGGGUUCCCUUGUGUCCCCAGGCCCCCCCGAGGGUGAGCCAGGGCAACAGCCCCAAAACCCGAUUGGGGGGCAGACCCCCUAUUUCCAGGCAGGUCUGUCCUCGCAGCCCCGGGGGGGGCGCAGGGCCGGCAGCUGAGGGGUGCCUGCCCCCCGCCCCACGUGUGUUCCGGCAGCUGGGGGUCUGGAUCCUGCCCAGCGCGGUCAAGCGUGGAUGUUCCAAGAGAAAACAAACUGCUUUGUUGUGGUGUCUUCUCCCCAGCACUUGAAGCCUCACGCGCGUUGGCAUCUUUACUUUUUACAAGAAACCCAACCUGAAGUCUGGGUACAAAGGCCAAGCGGAAGAUGGAUUUUAUUAUUGUUAGCCGGGAGAACUAAUUGUUAAUUUCACGUCAGAAGUGAAUUCACUUUCCCCAGGGUUUACUUUUAGCAGCGCGUAGCAGACGAUGGAGCGUUACCGCGUGGCGUUUGGCUGGCGCGCUCCCCCGGCCGUGCGGGACCCCGUGCGGGACCCCGUGCGGGACCCCGGGCGCUCGGCCGGCGCGCGCAGCCCGUGGCUGUUCCUGCGGUGGAGCUGAAAAGCGUGGACGAGAGCAUGGAACUGCAGCAGAGUCCUGGAAGGGUCUCGUUUGCUGCUAAUUGUAGUUUCAGCUUGCGGUUCGAAGGCUUGAAGUGAUGUUUACCUGAGAUGGGAAAAUAAACAUCAUCGAAUUCAGAUAUUCCUCCAUUUUUCUAGCUUCGAAGGUCUGUGCGUUAUUGUCCUUAAAGGGCUGGCGCGUGCCAGGCACUUCACCUGGCAAGUAAUCGCUUUUAGGGCGAGAUCUCGCUGAAAUGUUUGCGCUCGCUCUAUUUUUGGUGUCGAAGGGAAGAAAGUUCCUAUUUGAACAGUUUUAUAUCGACUAUGAUUGUUUCAGUUGUUAUAAAUCAAUCACGCUUGUUCCUUCCCUGAAACAACAGCACUCACCUGAGAAACAGCAACUUUAUUUGCGGCGUUUGGAGUCGCUGUGGAAUGUUUCGUUAGUUCAGGUACCGCUACGGGCGGAGCUGGAGCCGCCAGGAAGCGCAGAGCGGAGCCAAAGGCCGGCAGCUUCCCGCCGGCGGCCCACGCUCGCCUCCCUUCCUCCGCAGGUACGGCUUCGUGGAGUUCGACGACGUGCGCGACGCGGACGACGCCGUGUACGAGCUGAACGGGAAGGACCUGUGCGGGGAGCGAGUGAUCGUGGAGCACGCCCGGGGCCCCCGCCGCGACAGCUCGUACGGUUCCGGACGCAGUAAGCACUCACGCAUUUGUGUCCCGACUUAGCUUAAAUAAAAGUAAUUUUAAAUAAAGUAACUUUAAAAGAAAGUGCUAUGAAGUUGUGAAUAGUGUUCUGUAACUGUAAAUGUAACUGUUGAUCUGAAUAUUUCUUAACGUUGUUGUAUUAAACUAUUUUAAUUGAUAAAUUAAUAAACGCGAUUUCUUGUA